CUCAAACUCUGACAGAGACUUGAAGUCCAAUCUGUGUUUAAGAUCAUGCAAGAUCAAGAGCUACCUUGUGUUUUGAUCAACAAUUUUGGAAAACCAUAUAGUGUGGCUCCAGAACACAUAACAGAUCUCAAGAAACAUUUUAAUCUUAUCACCAUGCAAGAAUUUCUUCAAGACAAAAUGAAUUUUAGUCAAAAGAUACAAGGAAUAUAUAUGUGGGGACAGGAACCACAUAUUGAUAGGGAGCUGCUGGCAAGCUUGCCUGCCUUGAAGAUUAUUGUAAGUUCAGGAGCAGGCCUGGAUCAUCUGGACUUUAACCUGAUUGCCAGCUUUGGUGUGAAGUUGGCCCACACUCCACAAGCUGUUUCUAACAGCACUGCAGAUUUUGGAAUAGCCUUACUUCUGGCAUCAGCUCGGAGAAUAUUAGAAGGGAAUAAGAUAGCUGUGUCACCAGACACCAAGUACUUUUCUUUUAAUUGGAUGGGACAAGAGGUGACUGGAUCUACUCUGGGAAUCAUAGGUAUGGGCAACAUUGGUUAUAAGGUUGCUCAGCGAGCCAAAGCAUUUGAUAUGAAGAUUCUGUAUCACAACAGGAACCGCAGAAAGGUUGAAGAGGAACAGGCAGUUGGGGCCCAUUAUUGUUCAAAGUUGGAUGAGCUGCUGCAGCAAUCAGACUUUGUAAUGCUGUUACUCAGGCUGACACCAGAGACUCAUAACAUGAUUGGAAAGAGGGAACUAGGCCUAAUGAAGUCUUCUGCUUAUCUCAUCAACAUUGGCAGAGGUCAAUUGGUUGAUCAAGAUGCCCUAGUUGAAGCUCUGCAGACUGGGAUUAUUAAAGCUGCAGCAUUGGAUGUCACUUACCCUGAACCCCUGCCAAGAUCUCAUCCUUUGUUAAAAUUAAAGAAUGUUAUUUUAACUCCUCACAUUGGAAGUGCAACUGUUCAAAGUCGACGUGUGAUGAUGGAAGACAUGGUAGAAAGCCUUCUGGCUGCUCUCAAUGGCCUUCCUAUUCCUAAUGAAGUAAAUCUUAAAUGAUAUGUUUGUGUGGAAAACUGCUAAUGAUAAAAACUUGACAGAUGAAAUGAUAAAGGCUUAUUUUUAAUUCAUGUAAACUCAAAAUUUUCAUUUUGUUGUAUUUGAAGAGCUAAGAAAGAAUAAAGUACCAGUUUAGAAUAUGUAUUACAAAAUCCUGCUUUUGUAUUCUCUUUUUCUUUAGAGUUCACAGUAAUCAAAAUUUAUCUUCCAAAAAAUAAACAAUCAAUAAAUGGAAAAAUGGAAUAGGAAACCAAAAAGCAGAAGGAAAUGCAAAAACGUUUGUAAGUUCAGGUCUAGCUCAAGACAAAAUUGAAGAGUAGGCCAGGUUAUUUUUCCAUUCCCAUUUCUGCAUUAUGCCCUCUCUCAUAAAA